AAUUGAUGAGUGGUGAUCUCGUGGUACGCCGCUUCCUCCCCUUCCCACGGGAGGCUUGGUCGCGAUCUGGCGAGAGCGGGCGUGAGUUCGUGCCAUCCAUCGCUCCCGUUCGAUGACGUGAACCCGCCGAGCACGUCCCAGCGGCACGAGCCCAGAAUCUGCGACGCUUGCGCGAGUUUUUCUCUCUAUCCGUAUCGCGUGUAGGAGGGUGGGGGUGCCUUCGCCGCUCCACUUGCUUCAGUCCAGGAUCCCGUGGUGCGUGUGAGUAGGCCCGCGAUUACGAGUGACGGCCAGGCGGAGAUUAGUUCGGCGUCGGCCUUUGACGGUCAGGGUUCUCCGAGGACAUGCGGUCUUCCGCUGCCAAGUCGAGCGGUCGCCGAUCGGGUGUCGCCGUGACGACGUCGUCGUCGGCGGGGCCGAGGCCGCUCAGGACCUCGGUGACGGGCCCCGUGGUGCGACGGAAGCUCAGCGACAACCUCAAGCCGUUUCCUGUCAGAGGGGACAGGACCAACUAUGUCAAUGUGCCGCACAUCAUCGCCAUGGUGGGGCUCCCCGCCAGGGGCAAGACGUACAUCGCCAAGAAGCUGACACGCUACCUCAACUGGAUCGGCAUCCAAACCAGGGUGUUCAACGUUGGGGAGUACCGACGCCAGGCGACUGAAGCCUACAGAAGCCACGAUUUCUUUCGGGCCGACAACGCAGAAGCCAUGGCUAUUCGAAGCAAGUGUGCCCUGGACGCCCUGGAGGACAUGUGCAAGUGGCUGGAGACGGAAGGGGAGGUGGCGGUGUACGACGCCACCAACACCACCUUCGAGCGCCGGAAGCUCAUCUACGACGUGGUCUGCGAGCGCUUCGGCUUCAAGCUCUUCUUCGUCGAGUCCUACUGCGACGACCCCAAGAUCAUCGAGGCCAACAUACGGGAGGUGAAGAUCAACAGCCCGGACUACCGGGACAUGAACAAGGACGACGCCCUGCUGGACUUUGUGCACCGCAUCGAGCACUACAAGGCCUGCUACCAGACCCUGGAUGAGGUCCAGGAGAAGCAGUACUCCUUCAUGAAGAUCUUCAACACGGGCCAGAAGGUGGUCGUGCAUCGCCACGAAGGGCACAUCCAGAGCAGGGUGGUCUACUACCUGAUGAACAUUCACAUCAUGCCACGAUCCAUUUACCUCACGAGGCACGGAGAGAGCACCCUCAACCUUCAGGGAAGGAUCGGGGGCGACGCUGAUCUCUCGGAAAGGGGCAGCGAGUAUGCGGUGGCCCUGGCCAAGUUCAUCAAACGCCAGGCCAUCCCCCGCCUGCGCGUCUGGACGAGCCAGCUGAAGCGCACGAUCCAGACGGCCGCGGGCAUCGACGCCCCCCAGGAGCGCUGGAAGGCACUCAACGAAAUCGAUGCGGGCAUUUGUGAGGAGAUGACCUACGAAGAGAUCCAGGAGAAGUUUCCGGAAGAGUUUGCGGCGAGAGAUCAAGACAAGUUCCACUACCGCUAUCCGCGCGGGGAGUCGUACGAAGACCUCGUUGCCAGAUUGGAGCCUGUCAUCAUGGAGCUGGAACGGCAGGAGAACGUGCUCGUUGUUGCGCACCAGGCGGUCCUCCGCUGUCUGCUUGCUUACUUCCUCGACAAAAACUCCGAGGAACUGCCAUACCUGCGCGUCCCGCUGCACGGCAUCAUCAAGCUGACGCCCAUGGCCUACGGCUGCGAGGUGAAGAAGUUCAGCGUCCCCAUCGCGGCCGUGGACACGCACCGGGAGAAGCCCAGCGUAAGUAGCUCUGCCAACGGCGCGGACUGCGAGCCGGACAUCUUCGGCUUGCAGGAGAUUGACCUUGAUGCGGAUUUGUUGCUCUGUUCCGACGAGUCGGCUCGGGGCUGAACCCAAACAUUGCAGAUAAAGUGACGAAACCAUUUUUAGGUGUUGCCAGUUUUAUUUGUCUACAGGGUGCUUCCAAGCGCUAUUCGGGCACGAAAUAAAAAAUUUUGUACUAUAAACAAUUUAAUUUUUGCGAAUUUAAAAAUGUAGUGAAAUAUAGAUCACGCAAAAUACGUUGCCCAGCGGUACUAACACAGUCUGUACCACUCCGCAAAAUAUUCCUGAAAUGCACGCUGCGGCAAAUUCAGAAAAUAUGGAGCUCACAAAAAUGAAGUCAUUUACAGUAAAUGAACCAAUAAACCAAGUGCAAACUAAAACCCACACUGAAGAAAUUGGAUUAUGAAAAAUGCACCGCCUAAAAAUGUCUUUGUAAAAAGUCCCAAUGCUCUCUGCUAAUUAUAGUUUAUAAAACCCGAACAGCGCUUGGUAGCACCUUGUAUACAAAUAUGGUUUGUCACAGUCCAGCUAUUUUAAACUGGAUUAGAUUACAAAGUUGCAACACGGGACCGCAAUAGGGCGCGACUGUGAUGAACUCCACAGUUGGUUCAACUAUGCCGUACAGCUAGUUUUGUGCCACGAAAUGUGAAGGCUGAAUAAAAACGGCACCGACGAAUUUCUCGUUACUCAUCCGCUAAAUAAAAUGCGGUGUCAUUUGUUCAUAAUUUUUUGUUUCACACUGGCUGCUCUAGAGAAGCUAUUGAGGCUAAACCUGUCUCAAAGCGUAACCCGCAAGCUCUGUGAACCGAGAUUUUUAUCUUUAUAAGCCGUACCACAAUUUGCAAACAUCUUUUGGUCUGCAUCCUGUGCAGAGGUUCGACUGGUUUGGACAGUUGUUGAUUGACAAAACAUAGCAUUAAGUACUUUCUUUUUUACCUAUAACGAACUCUUGCAAUCAUUCUAUCUUUUCUGGUGGUUUGGGUAGCUUAGCUACUCGCUGGUAGGGAUGUAGCUUCCUCUCUUUUUGUUUCUUUCAAUAGUAUUAAGUAUCCAUCGUCUACCGAAAAUGAAGCCUCAAUAUUUGUGUCCUCUGGGUGUGGCAGCCUGGCAUUGUUUUAAAACCAGCAGCAAGCAGUCGGAACUAAUCAUAUUUUUUCAUGAUUCAUACGUUACAAUUAAGUUUUCUCAGGAUGCUACCGGAUAUGUCUUACACUCCCUUUUUGUCAUCAGAGGAACACUUGCACCAAAUUCUAUACUUUUUCCAAAUCGUUUUUUUUUUUUAGGUAAUCGUGUUAGGUGUCUUCUGCAUUACUGUUUCAAGCUGCGGCAGACUUAUACAACUGCCGAUGCCAUUACCCCCUUGCUUUAAUUCAUUCAAUGCAGUUGCAGACGAGUGUCAUGUCUGGGCUUGAAGCAUAGUGCUGCAGUAGCCGGGCGUUUCAUUGUGCGUGAUGUCUCGUAGUUAAGGUUAUUGCAACGUCUUGAAUAGGGUAAUUCGUCGUUGUAAGUUAUGCGCCGCCGCGUUCAUCCCAACGAUCGCCAUUAAUGGAGAUUGCUCAAAGUCUGUGGAAAUGUCUGAAACGAAUUGUGCCAAGUGACCCAGUCGUAGGCUUCGCUUGUGUUGAAGAGUUGCGCUCCGGUUGUACGACAGGGCUGUUCUUUCGACACAUUUGCGCGUGUGCACAAAUGAAAGUGAGGAAACCAUUCUUGUUCUCUGUAGAGGUGUGUAAUGUGUGGCAGCAGUAUAGUUCUCCUGCGUACUGCGUACGCUCCGUGUACUGUCGUGCGUGCGGUUCUUGUCGAGAUUUUGGAUGCUGUACUUAACUUCAGCAAACUGGGUGGUGAGCAGCAUAUGCAACACUGCAUACGUUUGAUAGCAGGCUACAAAUCUACACACAGAGUUGCUCUUUGUCGGAUUAACAGACAUCGGCAUUCCUAUGAAGUGUAGUUUGGUGGCAGCUGGUGUAGAUAGAGCUGCUUAUGUUCACUCUUGCCCUGCUUGUUGUAUUUUUUUUUUCUGCCUGUGACUGUUCUUUUAUUCAUGCUUUGGAUGUACAUCCCAUGUGCAAGCUGCACGCAGCACGCUACGCUGAAUUUGCACGAACAUGACUGUUUAGCUAGUCUGCUUAGUAGCUUGUUAACACAGAGGUUCGGACGAGUUGGUUGCUUGUGAUGUACAGGGGGAACAUUUCAUUUCUAGUACAGCGGGCCCUUUUAAGCAUCACCCCUUGAGCCCCGACUUUCUGGUCAUCUUAAUAGCCAUCUGCAUAUGUCAAGCAAGGAGUGUAUGUUGACUCGAGUGACUGUUUCCCGGGUGCGCUGUUCCCCCUGUACAUCAUGCCUAGUAGCUUUCCAAGGCGCACGGCAUAGCAUUGUGCAUCCCAGUUUAGUCUGGUGUAGCACCUUUAGUCGUGUUGCUAGACAUAGUAUGUGUAUGAGUUCCAAUUUCUUUUUCGUGCGAAUUUAUUGUCAAAGUCUAGCGCAUUUGUGCCUGCUUUGUCUAGAGCUCGGCCCAAGUUCUGCUUUCAGUGUUAUGUAAAAAAUGUCGCAACUGGCCCUUUUCCCAGUCCAUUUUAAAGCACUUUUUCCAAGCAAUAAAGUGAUCUUUUCAAACAUUA